UUUACGUUGUACUUUACCACCACGAUGAUGUGGACUUCAACAGGAGACCCUAGUUUGACAGGCUAGUUUUCCGCCAUAUGGCAACAGAGCGGGUGAAAUGCUGUUAUUCGUGGCUGCUGUUGUGGCUCUGCAUCCGGGCGUCCGAGUCCAGAAACACCCGACGCUCUCUGGACGAUGACCUCCUCCAGCCUUACACACAGGGUCACGGCCCCGCCCACUCUCACCGCCACGUCCGGGAUUGUCAGGCCCUCAUUUAUGGCAACACCACCUAUGAGAGCUGGCCCUCCCGCAGCCGAAGCAGGCAGCCGGUUGUAGACGCUAACGUGUUUGUGACGGAUGUGGAGAAAGGCACCAGAUGGGUUCUUGGUCACAUGACUGUGGUCCACGACCCCCUGAAGACGGUGUCUGUGUUGGAACCAGGAGGGCCGGGUGGCUGCAACAUGAAGCACAGGGUGUCUGUGGAGGACACGGCUAAAGCUGCAGGGUGCCUUUAUGCCCAAAAUGGUGGUUUCUUCAACACACAGUCAGGGGGGUGUCUGGGGAACGUGGUGAGCAGUGGCAGGCUGGUGCAGGACAGCGGCGGGCUGCAAAACGCCCAGUUUGGAAUAAGGAGGGAUGGCACCCUGGUGUUUGGGUAUCUGUCACAGGAAGAUGUUUUAGAUGAGUCCAACCCCUUUGUUCAGUUGGUCAGUGGAGUCAUUUGGCUGCUGAGGAACGGCACGAUAUACAUCAAUGAGAGUCUGCAGGCGGAGUGCAGUGAGACCCAGGAGACAGGGUCAUUGAAGUAUUUUGUGGAUGUGGUGUCGGCCAGAACCGCAGUGGGCCACGACAAAGAGGGAAGACUGAUCCUCUUUCAAAUUGAUGGUCAAACAAACCGAAGAGGGAUGAAUCUCUGGCAGGUAGCAGAGUUCCUGAAGAAAAACGGAGUAAUCAAUGCCAUUAAUUUGGAUGGAGGCGGGUCUUCUACCUACGUGGUUAAUGGCUCUCUGGCCAGCUACCCCUCUGAUCACUGCACUUCCGACAGCAGGUGGCGCUGCAGCAGAGAAGUUGCCACUGUUCUGUGUGUUCAUCAGCGUCUAUGCCAGCCGACAAACUGCAGCGAACACGGUGAAUGUGUUGACGGACGCUGCCAGUGUGAGGAGGGCUGGCAGGGUGCAGCCUGUGACACCCUGGUGUGUCAGCCCCCCACCUGCGGAUGCCACGGUUUCUGCACAGCCAGUGGUUGUAUCUGUGAUGCUGGAUGGAGAGGGACAAACUGCAGUGAAGCGUGCCUCCCAGGUUUCUACGGCGACGGCUGCACCAAAACCUGCUCUUGUUUUAACAACGGCUCCUGUGAUCCUGUCAACGGUCGCUGUGUCUGCCCUCCUGGUUUCCAUGGUGACACUUGUGAACAAGCUUGUCCUUUGGGUUUCUUCGGUGCAUCUUGCGCUCAGGAGUGUCAAUGUGACGACUUGUGCCCAUGUGACCCGCAGACAGGAAGCUGUAACACCACAUUACCAGUAGACACCACUAACACCUUACACAGAGCUGGACACUGCCUGGCCAAGCAGAUGCUUACAUCCUGGAGACAAGAAGAAGAAUCUCACAGAGAGCAGCCUUAUCUAACAGAGCGAUCAUGGCUGAUCACCACUCUGGUCCUCACUUGUCUCCUGUUGGCCAGCCUGAUCGUCUCAUGUCACCAGGUGUGCCGCAGAUCAGUGACAUCGCGCUUCCCUGAGCGCCAGGACUACUCCUACGUCCCACUACGGGACAUCAACGGAGCCCCUUCAUGCUCCGUAAAAACUAGGAAGGGCAGCUUGGGAGUGGAGGACUCUGAUUCCCAGGAUGAAAUCUGGUCUCCGUCACACUCAGGGAGGUCGUAGCUGCCUGGAAGAUCGAGGAUGAGCAGUGAGAGCACUGUUAUUGCACAAAAACACUCACUUCACGUUCUGCCACUAAUACGGGAAUGCUGAUGUGAAACACGACAAAGCCCAAAAGUUUUACAACAUUCCUCACAUUGAACAUAUCAUCAGAUUUUCCCAAAGUCUUUUGGCAGCUUUUCAGACGUUUGCUCAGGAUUUUUGUUUCAAGUUGAGUUGUUUCAACCUGAAAAAGAAUAGAAAGUGACAAAAGCUUGGUUUUUGUUUUGUCUGUAAUCUUUCAGCUCCAGGUAGGAUAACGUUAACUCUCUUUAAAACUGAAAGCAUGAGGUCUAACCUGUACAGACGGAUGCUAACGUCUCGUCCUCUUCCUCAGCUUUCAUCACACAAGCAGUAAAUUACUUCCUUACUAGAGUCUAACCUAGAACAGGAUGUACUAAUAGUAAAAUAGAUACUCUGUUAAUACCUGUAUUUUUACUGGCAGUCAGAUGUUUACAUGCCUUAAAAAUUACUUCAAGGUCUUAAAAGUGUUUUACAAGCUUUCUUAAAAUACCUGCCAUGUUUUUUACUUUGUUUUUUUUCUUUAUACCGGCAGUUUUUUACAGUAAUUGCAGAUUAUUUAUAUGUUCCUAAAGUAACAUAUGAAUGAACUUAAAAUGUUUAAAUUUUCAAUAUUUUAUACUUCCAGGAAACAAAAAAAAGUUUUUUUCCAAACUUUGGGCCCUUUGUAUAGAUUGGAAAUUACUAUAUAUUUAAGAUUACAAUGCACAAAAAUGUUUUAUAAGUUGGAACUUUUUCCUGUUUGAUCAGAUAAACUUUUAUCUAAAAGACAAUAAUGUACGAAGCAAACCAUGUUCAAAGUACAGCCAUAAGUUAUUAUUAUGUUCAGCAAAUAAGUAAAGUAUUCGGUUUUCCUCUCAAAUAUUUGCUCAGUUUGAACUCUCAGGUGAAGUCUGUUCUUGCUAGAUGGAAGCUAGUUUAUGAAGCCAAAGAGCAAAAUAAGGAAUAGAUACUUUGAUAACAUCAGAUUGUGAAAGUUUACCAAGGACAAUCUAUUGUCACCAUGUUGCUCACACCUAAUUUGAAACUCUAAAGCAGAGGUCUACCACAGAUACUAUCCUACAACGUAGGCAAUGUUCAAACAGCAGAUCUUGAUCCUCAAUUCAGAUUUGUUCGGUGCAAUACGAUUUUUUCUUCUUUUUUUUGCGUGGUCGUUCAUACUACUAAAUGAUGCAACCGCAGUGAAACUGGACUGGACUGCUCCUUGUAUAAAACCAAAGUGUCCUAGUGUUUUCAAAAGUUAAUAUAAUAUGAAAGUUACUUGACAUGUUGAGUGUUGGUAGGCGAGAUUUCUGGGUUCAUUUCUUUGCUGGUAGUAAGAAGCAAAGUAUAGCAAAUCUAAGAUGAUUUUUACAGAUUUCCCAUUGAUGCAAGGAAAUCAAUUUCAACAAUCAUGUUUGCUUCCAGGAGAGAUAAUCUGAAAAUUAACAAACAUUUUUUUAUUACGUUUCUGCCCUGAAUGAAACAAAAGCGUAAGUUCUGGCUCUUAGGAAGAUGAUGUUACCUGCACUGGUUUCAUGCGUUAAACAUCAGAUAAAAUUUUAAAUCUAAUUUAUUUGUAAAGGAACUAUUAAAAAAAUGUCCCAAUGUCAUAAAAAAAGCUGCAAAAAAACAUAAUAAAUGUGAAAAUAAUAAAGUAUUAAGGAAGGAAACAAGGAUAAUAAUUCUUUAUCAUCUAAUUUUGAACCAGUAAUUUUGCAUUUUUUAAUUUCUGCCUGUUAAAUUAUUUUACCCUGAACCAAAGCGAGGAAAAUGCACUGAAAUGAUUCAUACGUAUUAAUCUUCAGGUUAUGUCUCUGUUAUUUGUUAUAUGUUAAAUAAUCUGUAGGCUGCUGAGCAACAUGAGUUAAGAAUGUACUGGGUCAGGUUGAGGUCAUGGUGUCACCAGAAACCCCCCAUUAAUUUUAAUAUUUAAUAAAACAUGUCUGAGGUCA